AUGACACUCCAGAUGAGCGACCAGAUUCGUGGAAACCCAACAUCUCCACAGUAUUCCUACACCGUAUGUUUUCAAGGAUCAGCAACAUCCCCUCUCGAGCAAACAGCCGCAGGAAACAUGCCCGGAACCUGGAUACAAGGUCGUGAACAUCCACAGCAAGAGAAUUCCAUUCGGAUCCUUCUUGGCGGGGUUGACCUUGCACUGCACCUCCCAUUCUCGCCUGAGGUAUUUGAUGAGAUUAGGGCUGUCCAUAAUUUGCCCAGGGAUCCUUUGCAAUGCCCCAAUGGAUCGUUUUUCAUCAAAUAUGUUCUUAAUAGCGGGAAGGUCGCCAUAAUUCUAUAUGUCAAAUAUGCCCAGGUUUACCUCACAAUGGAAUACGAUCCGAACCACAAUGUCACUGCUACUGUGGUUCGUCUGAGCAAUGCGACCACCAUCGGUGUCCUGGCCGGACGACUCGCCUCCUUGAGGUGCGUCGCAUGGCACCCCUUGCUCCUACCAACUGUCUUGAUCGAACAUAUGGUAAACCAGCUACCAGGUGCCGUUGCCGGCCAUAGUUCCCGGAUCUUAACUACCCGCAGGAGUCCAUUAAAAUUACUCUCGAUUACGAAGCGGAGGGCUCAAGAGUGCUCCCAAAUAUUAAAAUCCUUACAAGAACUUCCAACAUCUCCAGUAUCACCAGAUACUCCCAGAGCAGUAGUAGCAGGGACAUAUUGCGUUGACUCCAAACUGUCCCAUCUGGCCUUUUCAAUUCAAAAUAUCCUCGAUCAGUGUGACAUGCAUGCUUCGAUAAACAAUGAAGACCUGCAAAGCGCCACUCAGCGCCUGACCCAGUCCGCCGAUUAUAAUGCCAGAGUUAUGACGGUGUUAACCGUUAUAUACCUACCUUUGUCAGCUGUCGCCGCUAUUUUCAGCACGAGCUUUUUCGAUGUCAAACAGGAGGGUGGAUUGACAGUUUCCAGUGAUUUCUGGAUAUUCUGGGCGACUGCUGUGGGACUAUCCUUAGCCACGAUGGUUCUCUUGGUGAAGCCCCAUGAAUGGUAUGGGAUAUAUCGUCGCGCGAAAGGUGUAUUGUCAUUUUGCAUUCACUGUUGGUUUAAGAGAUGA